AGUUGAGCUCGGAGCCGACGCCGCACACAACGCGCAGACCGACCGGGAGCGCGAGAGAGUGUUGCGAGAACGUUUUGGAAAACACGAGCCGGCGUGGAAGAAAUGCCGCUGAGCUGAUUUAGAGUCCAGACCUUGAGGUGCUGGUGAGCAGGUCAAGUCUACUUUUGUGCGUCCGACCUGCAACAAAGACAAGAGGAGACGUGCAAGGGCUUCUUGUUUUUUCUUCUGUUUUUUUACGCACUGACCAAGCAGCAGCAUGUCCGAGUUGGACUACAGUGCCUGAGCGCAACACAGAGAGAGAGCCGGGAGGGAUAUUUACAAUAGAAACUCAAUUCCUUUCUCGUGAAGAAGAAUAGCAGAGGGGAGGAGGAGGAGGAGUGAAAGAUAACACUGGAAUGAAGUGGACCUCGGGAUUCCUGGCGUGCUGCGGAGUUGUGACUGAUGGAUGAAUGUGGUCAUCUGUAGACUAUAUCCAGCGACAGGUACAGACACCAUCAGGGGAGCUUUGACAAAAGACGCGGCGCUGCGCUUCACCCACAGACAGCCGCAUCGCCGGAUCUCCAAAUCUACAAAACAACUGUGCUUUAGAUCUGCACCCUCUUAUCUGAUCAGAUCGUUGAGUUUUAUCCACAGAGUGAAAAAGGGCUCGAUUUUCUCCCCUUUUUGUGUGUGUCUCAGCCACAGGUCAACCAGGACACUCGGGGCUCUUUUUCUUUUUUUUUCUCCCUCAAGAGGGGCUUCAUCGCUCGUUCUGCGGACAGUUCAGUCAAGGACACGGGGUCUGGAGCAGAUUUUAAAGAAGUCGGACAGAAGGACAUGUAUCUGAUAUCGACCUCACAUGCUCCCGACUGAUCGUAGCACACCUUCCCACCGGGCCAACCGCAGAUAAAAGGCUGCCAGGCGCGCUGUCCGUUCGCUCUGCUCACUGUCUUGAUUCAUUUUUACCAGAAUGGCGGGACUCGGUUGUUGGAAGUAUUACCUCUGGAUCUUUAUUUUAAUGUGCAGGUCGGCGUUACCUUCCGCAAAAUCGCUGGAGACUAUAAUUUGGAGCUCUCAGAAUCCCAAGUUUGUGGCUGGGAAAGGCCUGGUGAUCUACCCUGACAUCGGGGACAAGCUGGACAUCAUCUGUCCCAAGGCGGACCAAGGAAGAGAUUAUGAAUACUACAAACUGUACCUGGUGAAGAGGGAGCAGGCUGAGAGCUGCAGUACUGUCCUCGAUCCUAAUGUCCUGGUCAACUGUAACAAACCGGAGAAGGACAUCAAGUUCACCAUCAAAUUCCAAGAGUUCAGCCCCAACUACAUGGGCUUGGAGUUCAAGAGGAACGUCAACUACUACAUCACCUCAACCUCCAACGGUACAGUCGAGGGCCUGGAGAACCGGGAGGGAGGCGUGUGCAAGAGCCGAGCCAUGAAAGUCAUCAUGAAAGUCGGGCAAGUCCCAAACGCGGCAGGCCCCGUGGCGCCGGAGGCUCCAGAAGACAACGCCAUACCGGAGUCCAGUCCCAGUCCGCCUGGCCAGGGUCGGAUUGGACCCGAGAUGCCAGGAAACUCUGACACCAUGAAUCAGGACCAGUCUGGGUCGUCGGCAAACUCGGACGGCAUCCUCAGCUCCAAAGUGGCCGUGUUCUCCGCCAUCGGGGCCGGCUGCAUCAUCUUCCUCCUGCUCAUCCUCCUCCUCGUCAUCCUGCUCAUCAAGAUGCGCAAGCGUGCCAGGAAAAACGCCCACUCGCAGCCCCGCCCCUCGGCGCUGUCGCUCAGCACCCUGUCCAAUCCCAAGCUGCCGGGCGGCACGGCUGGCACGGAGCCCAGCGACAUCAUCAUUCCGCUGCGGACAGAGAACAACUACUGCCCUCACUAUGAGAAGGUGAGCGGGGACUAUGGCCACCCAGUCUACAUUGUCCAGGAGAUGCCUCCGCAGAGCCCCGCCAACAUCUACUACAAAGUCUGACACGCUUCGCACAAACCGGCGGCGGCACGGUCAGGAGAGAGAGAAAGGAAAAAAAGAGGAGCGCUUGAUUUAUGUUCUCGGGAAGGACACUUCCUUUUUGCAUCUUGGGGGACUUGAUGCCUCUUUCGAGCCCGUGUUAUUUCUACCACCUGCUGCACAAAUCUGGAGAAACACAUGCACUGACCAGUAACCAGCGGGGUUAUGAGCUGACUGACGAGAGAGGUUUAUUCUGUUUGUUUGGGUUGUCGUAACAAUCCCCACCCUCCUUACCUCCCCUCCCCUCCUCACCUCCCACCCCAUUGGGGUCCCCCCCUGCUGUGUUCUGACGGUGGGGGGGCGGGGCAAACCAACAGAUGGAACUUCUAGCUUCGUGGUUCGCUGUCCCUCUUUUUUUUUUAAACGGACAGGAUAUAACUUAUCUCAGUUCCCUGAAGUACAGUCCGUGCUACACCCAAUUUAACACCACCAUCCUAGCACACUAGCCAGGAACAGGCAGACACAGGCCCCAACGCCACUCAGCCUGCAGUGUGUGUGCGACAAAAAAAAAACGUAAAAAGUGCGUGUAUGUGUGCGUGUAUGUGUGCGUCUCUGUGUGCGCGUGUUGGUCGGGGGCUCCGAGCUGGGCCGGAAAACUCUCCAGAUAGCUCAGGUAUCAGACACAGUGUGUGAAAAUAAUGUGUUCCUCUCCCUUCGCACCUCUGAUGUUUGCCUUACUUACUAUUUUUGAUGGAGGAUUUCCUUGAACCCUGAUUCAGUUCACAAAGCAGUUGUAUUUUGUUAGACUUUUCCUACAAGUGCACAAUGUAUAGAGUUGAAUAGAUCAUCAUUAUCGCUCCAUCGUCUCACCACCCAUGUCAUCCAUCGCUUUUUUUUCCCCUUAAGGUAGUACUUUGACCUGGACUGUUGAUGUUGAGGUGUGUAUGUAUGUGUGUGUGUGUGUUUGCAGGAAUACUUCCUUCUCCACUGGUCUGAUAUGAGCUUCACCAUUACUCUUGUAUUUAUGACCUACUUGUGUGUGUGUUUCAGGGUGUGUCCCUUGUGAGUGUGUCUGGGCAUGUCCAGACCAAUUUCUUUUUUUUUUAAACUAGGAAGACUUAUUGGCUUAAGGCUAGAACACUACAUUGCUCUAUUGCAAGCUUCAAAAAUACAAGACAGACCGACUGAUACGCCGACAGACAGACGAGAUCAAGAUCUUACAAAACCCUCUCAGUGCUCCAGUUGGCACCGGCUGAAGGCGUUAUUGUGUCUGAUGAGCUUUCAGGGUGAUGGUUUUAAAGACAGCAGGCAGGUUGAUAUUUGUUUGUUCGAACUUCUAGUGUUACAGUGUAAGCAUCAAACGGUGAGUUUGGUGCCUGCUGCCUGGGCGAGGUGGGCGUAGGCUGGGCGCUUGGCACUGAUUGGCUGGCCUACAUAGGUAGGAUGCCCUAUAUAUAAGUUGGACGGCGAGCUACGGGGCUGAACAUUGGCAUACAGUAUAGUCAGAUGCCAAUUGGCUGCCAUCUGUAGAUGAGUCAGUGGAGUGCACAGUCAGAGGCGUCGCCAGCGUGUGACUAAUCUAUGUGCCAUCUCCAUGCCCACACUCACCAGCCGGGGAGAAGAGUGAGUGAGAGCGGCGGAUGAAGGAGAAAAUGUUCCUGUGACUUGGCUUUAACCUGAGAGGAAGAUGGCGGUGGGGAUAGGGGGGUGACGGGUGAGGCGGCGGUGGCAGCAGUUGGGCUGAGGGGGUUAUAGAGGUAGUUUAGCAUAAAUUUUUUUCCCCCAUCCUCUCACCAGUUGUGCUGUGAAUAAAAAUGCUGUGCAGAAUAUUCCACAGUCAGGGUGUUCAGACGCUGCAGCCCAGCUAUCACACAGCCCAGGGCGGCGACAGGAUUUACUGCAGCUGGAUGAACGUGCACGCCGAAGCUCGCUUUUGGGUUAAGGGGGGAGGCGACGGCGUGCACAUGUAGGUGCUCAUAAGUGCUUAUUUGUGCUUAUAUGUGCAGUUUUUCCCCUGUCCUCUCUCUGUGCAUGUGUGUGUCUGUGCAGCCCUACAGAUGGGACUGGAACUAGGUGCUCCUAACAGUGUGGCUGCCAAAGUACAGAGCGCUGCAGUCCCGGCUAAUGAUGUGUGAGAGGAGAGGGGAGCAGAUAAGGACAGCCAUUCCUCAGCACGCUAGACACGGGCUGACGUUCGACGCACAUGUGCACACACACAUACAUACACCGGGACUGACGGGUCCGGGUUUUAUCUCCGGCUGCACUGACGGUUGAUGUUUACUCACCGGCAGAAGCACCUAUCAUCCGCCGCCACAUACUAUUGCCAUCCACGGACAGACACUUGCUGAGUUAAAAGGCAGCCCCAGCUUGAAGACUCUGGGAAGACUCCAAUGGCUUUUGCGUGUCGUUAACCUCAGAGUUAACAACCUAAACAGCUGCUUGUGCUUUUGUGGUCCCUGUGUUUUAACUCAGCAUGCAGCCCUCAGUGGCCCUCUGUGAAACACAUCUAGAUCAAAUAUUUUCGUUUCGGAUCGUUGCGCAUCCACUCACCUACACCAGCCGAGGGAGUCAUUACCAGAUUACCACAAACCAUGUCUCAUUUUCAUUCAUUCUAGUGACCACUUAAUGUUAUUCAAAAUUUGGGGAGGAAGAAGAAAAAAAAUUAAAAGGAGAUAACAGAGAAAUGUAAAUAUAUGGAUAGAGCCCAAUUUUAAGAUGUAAUUUCACCUGAACACUGCUCAUUAAAGAAAAAUUUAAGAUUAGAUUUUUGUAAUGGAGGAUGUUUGUAAAUAGCUGUCUUUUUAAAUUGUGUUUUGUAUGAAAUCCUUGCAUUUUUUUUUGUCUCUGCAAUAUGUUUUUAUUUUCUUUUUCCUUUAGAGUCAACUGAAUAUUGCAACGGUCACAUGAGCUGUCUUUUUUCGCAGCGUCCAGUAUUGUCAAAAAAAAGUCUUUGUUACCACUCGUGUUUUAAAAAAUAAUAAAUAACUGGGAUUCAGAGGUUUUUUUUUAUUACAUUGCCAUUCAACAGGAAUUUCUAGUUGCUCAGAAACUGUUCAGGACUGAAGCUUUGUCACAGAGUGGCUUUGAAAUGAAUAGGUCGCUGAAACUAUGAAUGAUAAGGCCCCCCUUUUCCCUGUUGGAGACAGCACUUAACUCUGCAUAUGAAGACUGUGUUAUUCCACUGCCUUUGAGUUACCUACACCUUCCACUCCAUUAUGAGAUGUAACAAAAACAUUUUUGGUCCAGGAAGAUGAAUCUUUUCACAGUUUUAAUAAGUCUAUUGGGCCAGACGGAGAGAGAGAAGCGGGGAGAUGAAAAAGAAACGAAGCCAUGUAUGAGAGUGAGACCGUACUGCGCUCACCAAUAAAUCAUCUGGUUUACACCACUCAUUAUCUCCCAGGCGGUCCUUUGUUUUAAAGAUGCUCUCUCCUUCUCUUUCUCUCCCUCCGCCCCUCUCCUUUGUCAUCCCUCCCUUCCUAAUUUAGCACAAGGAUGUUGGUCGCUCAUGCUAUGAGCCUCACCGUAGGUUGAUUUCUGCUAUUUGUUCAAAGCCACAGUAUUAUUUUUCAGUGUGCAUGUGUAAGCAAAAACCUGUUGAAUUUGUUUCCCUUUUGUUUGAAUCACAGCUGUCAAGUUUUGUUAUUUUAUUUUAUUUUUUGCCAUUCACUUUUUUUUUUUUUUUGCCGCUUCUCAGCGUAACCUGUUGGCACCAGCUACAAUGGAAAUAACGUUCCACCAGUUUGGAAACUACCGCAUAUUGAUAAAUAAAAUUUUUUCCCAUGGAA